UUUUUGGGCAACAACGACUUUUAAACUUUAUUUUUCCUUUACAAAGCACAUAUAUAGCUGCCCCCGUGUUAUACAUAAACAUAUAAUCUCGGAAGAAAGAAAGAGAGAUGAAACAGAGAGAGAGAGAUUGUCUGUCUACUCCGCCUGAGAUCGCGUGAAUAAGAAGAAGAAGAAAUAGAUUUUAGUGGAGAUUCAUUGAGACUCCAAAAGCCUUUUCUACUCUGAUCAAUUAUUCUUUUUUUUUCUUCUGAAAACUAAUUUAUUUUUAAAAAAAUUCUCCGGGAAGGUUUUAUAAAAAAAGUCCUCUGUUUUUCACCGGUUACAUGCCAGUCCGCGUUCCGGUCCCGUCGAGCAGCAGCAGCCAGUUACCGGCGGCGCCAACAACAACGACAAGACGUCGCGUGGCUGAUUCUCAAGAAGAUCAUUGCCACGUCAGCACCGGAGGAGGAAACGCAGUCGUUUACGUUCCCGACGACGAGGAAGAAGACACAGCGAGCUGCAUCGGCGACAUAGGAGUAGGAGGAGGAGGAGGAGGAUUAACUCCACACCCCAACUACCUCCUCCGGUUUCUGUCUCUCCGCAGGAUCAGGCUCGUGGGGAUGCUCAUGGCGGAGAACAAAUCCCAGUGGACAGCUGCGAUGGCUCAGAACGUGAGAUCCGCCACCAAUCUCGGUCGGAUGAUUCUAUCUUUGUUAGGGAUCCUCGUCGUAGCUUUCUUUCUCGUCGUCGCUCUCUCCGGUGGACGACGGAGACACGUGGAGAAACACGAGUUCGUCGUUUCUAUCCAUGCCAGAAGUAACAUUGAGAAGAUAAUCGAAGAAGAUGAAUCUUCUUCCAAUACCGUUCGAGUCCUCGUCCAUGAGAGAAAACCGAUCCCAGAGAUUUGGAAUCAACCAGACACUGGGAACUAUCAGAAAUGUGUAGCUCGUCCUAAGAACCAAAGACCAAUAAAGAAAACCAAUUGUUACCUUGUUGUUCACGCCAACGGUGGUUUGAAUCAAAUGAGAACUGGCAUAUGUGAUAUGGUCGCAAUCGCCAAAAUAAUGAACGCUGCUCUUGUUCUUCCUUUUCUUGACCAUUCAUCUUUCUGGAGUGAUCCAAGCACGUUUAAGGACAUAUUCGACUGGAGACAUUUCAUCAAAGUGCUAGCAGAGGAUGUCGAUAUUGUCGAGUAUUUACCACAAGAGCUUGCUUCUAUCAACCCUAUUGAAAAGAAUCCUGUCUCCUGGUCCAAGGCAAGUUAUUACAGAAACUCUAUGGCAAAGUUACUGAAGAAGCAUAAGGUGAUGGUAUUCAAUCACACUGACUCUCGCCUAGGUAACAACAUCCCACAUCCUUCGAUCCAGAAGCUUAGAUGUCGCGCUAACUACGAAGCUCUUCGUUACUCUCAAGAGAUAGAGAAUCUAAGCAAAGUUCUCUCUUCAAGACUUAGACAAAACAAUGAACCCUACCUUGCUCUUCACUUGCGGUACGAGAAAGAUAUGUUGGCGUUUACCGGAUGCAACCACAGUCUAACCUCUGAGGAAUCAAUCGAUCUUGAGAAGAUGAGGUAUAGUAUUCCGCACUGGAAAGAAAAAAUGAUCAACGGUACAGAGCAGCGUCUUGAAGGCAACUGCCCCAUGACGCCGCGGGAAGCUGCCGUGUUCCUCAAGGCAAUGGGGUUUCCUUCGACCACGAAGAUCUACAUUGUCGCAGGAGAGAUCUACGGCGAAAACAGUAUGAACGCAUUCCACGAAGAGUUCCCAAACGUUUUCUCUCACUCCACAUUGGCUACAGAGGAAGAGCUUUCCACUAUUAAACCAUACCAGAACAGAUUAGCUGCUCUCGAUUACAAUUUAGCACUCGAGAGCGAUGUUUUCGCUUAUACUUACGAUGGAAACAUGGCCAAAGCGGUUCAGGGUCACCGUAGAUUCGAAGGGUUUAGAAAAACUAUUAAUCCGGAUAGGCUAAGCUUUGUGAAAUUGAUUGACCGGCUCGAUGCGGGACUAAUGUCUUGGGAAGAUUUCUCGAGGGAGGUUAAGAGAAUACAUGGGAAAAGAUUAGGAGCUCCGUAUCUUAGACGGCCAGGAAAGGCAGGCUUUAGUCCAAAGUUGGAGGAGAAUUUUUAUGCUAACCCUCUUCCUGGUUGCUUGUGUGACACUUCUGAUGAACCAACCGGUCUGAACCGGUUUGAAAGACCAAGUUUACGAGCACAAUCUCUGAGAUAACCGGAGGUGGAGGGAUGCAAACUGGUGUUUUCAAAAUACACGAGUGUUUUUUUUUGGUUUUUGAUGUAAUUAGGUUUCUUAAAAAGUUAAUUAUAAUUAUUGUAGGAACUUGGAGAUAUAUAUAGAUAAAGUUGUAGUC